AUGGUGAAUCCGGAAGAAAUAGUGUUUGGGGGAUGGGACAUAAGCGACAUGAACUUAGCAGACGCGAUGGCACGAGCCAAGGUCCUAGACAUCGACCUCCAAAAGCAGUUACGUCCAUUCAUGGAACACAUGGUUCCCCUCCCUGGAAUCUACGACCCAGAUUUCAUCGCUGCUAACCAGGGGUCACGUGCCAACCACUUGAUCAAAGGAACCAAGAAACAACAGUUGGAACAAGUCAUCAAGGACAUUAGGCUUAUUGAAUUGGCAAUCAAGAGAAAUAGCUUGAUUGGUGGUGAUGACUUCAAGAGUGGUCAGACAAAGAUGAAAUCUGUCCUCGUCGAUUUCCUUGUCGGUGCUGGUAUCAAACCAACGUCGAUAGUGAGCUAUAAUCACCUCGGGAACAACGACGGCAUGAAUUUGUCGGCGCCGCAAACGUUUCGGUCAAAGGAGAUAUCAAAGAGCAAUGUCGUAGACGAUAUGGUUGCUAGCAACGGUAUUCUGUUCGAAUCCGGUGAACAUCCUGACCAUGUUGUCGUCAUUAAGUAUGUGCCAUACGUAGGAGACUCCAAGAGAGCAAUGAAUGAGUACACAUCAGAGAUAUUCAUGGGAGGGAAGAACACAAUUGUGAUGCACAACACUUGUGAAGACUCACUUUUGGCUGCUGCUAUCAUUUUGGACCUUGUUCUUCUCGCAGAACUCACCACUAGGAUCCAGUUCAAGGCCGAAAAUGAGGGAAAGUUCCAUUCUUUCCAUCCGGUGGCUACCAUCCUAAGUUACCUCUCGAAGGCACCAAUUGUCCCACCCGGCACACCAGUUGUGAACGCUUUGUCGAAACAGCGUGCAAUGCUUGAGAACAUACUCAGAGCUUGUGUCGGACUUGCUCCAGAGAACAACAUGAUUCUCGAGUACAAGUGA